CGCUCAACGUCAUCAUUAUUGAGUGCUGCGUGUUGUCAGUCUGUCAGUUGACGUCGCGCCUUUGGUCGUUGUCGUACUCUGUUCAACUCUUUGUGUCCAGUGUUUUUUAGGUGUCUCGUAAAAAUAAUUUUGUCUCAUUUGAAAACUAUCUUUCUAUUGUUAGAAAUAGUAUAUGCGAAAUACCAUUUUGUAGUGUUGCACAAUGUGCUAGCUAUCAAAUUGUAAAGUUCUCCAGUUAGUUAUUUUGUAUCGAUGUAGUUAAUAGGCAGACUUUUGAAAUCCAGGAAAUUGUGCUCAUUCUUGAAGAUUGCGAAAUAGGCCUACUUGCAUCACACCCACUGUAAGGGAUCCCCCACUCUACUUUCCACAAUGAAGACCCAAGGUGUGUUAUUUCUUCUGAUACUCCCCAGCUGCCGCUGUGCCCGCAUCCUCGGGGUGUUCCCCAUCUUCUCCCGCAGCCACUUCAACGUCUUCGAGCCCCUGUUGGUGGAGCUGGUGUCCAGGGGACAUAACAUCACCCUGGUCAGUGCCUACCCUCUCAGUGGACCCGGGGAGUACCAACACAUAGACAUCCAACAAGCCAAGGAGAAAUUCAACGGCAGUUGGAGUCUAGACUCCUUCCCGCACAUACCUGUAUCCUUCUACAAUGUGCUCAGGACGAUCAAAACCCAAAUAAAAGACAAUGAAAACAUAUUCUUGCUUGAUAGUGUCAAAAAACUGCAAACAUCUGGAGAGAAGUUUGAUUUGGUUAUAGUUGAAGAGUUUACCAGUGAUGUGUUUUUCGGGUUCGCUCACAUUUUCAACGCUCCCUUAGUGACUUUCAGUUCCUGUCCCCCCAUGCCUUGGGCGAUGGAUAGGUACGGGAGUCCUGGAAGUAUUACCUUCUCUCCUAACCUGUUCAGUGCCUUCACCCAGGACAUGGGGUUCCUGGAGAGGACAGUGAAUGUCCUGCAGGUUUCACUUGCAAAACUUUACCAUAAACUAGUCUUACAAAGAAUAUCACAAACUAUGGCUGUGAAGUAUUUCGGACCAGAUUUCCCUCCUUUGGAUGAGAUCGUGAGGAGUUGUAGUUUGUUUCUCGUCAAUUCUCACCCCACGUUCUACGCCCCCAAGCCUUUACCUCCGCAAGUUGUUCAAGUUGGAGGAAUACACGUCAGAACUCCUAAACCUUUAAACCAGGAGCUGGACUCGUGGCUGAAAGAGAGUCCCGCUGGAGUGAUCUACUUCUCCUUCGGGUCCAUGCUGCGAGGAGCCACUCUCCCGUCAGACAAGGUGCGCGCGUUCCUGGAGGCGUUCCGCGGCUAUAGCAUCUACCGUGUACUGUGGAAGUGGGAGGACGACACCAUGGACAACAUCCCCUAUAACGUCAAGAUCAUGAAGUGGCUCCCUCAGAGAGAUGUGUUAGCUCAUCCUGCUGUGAAGUUGUUUAUUUCCCACGGAGGUCUUCUGGGCACAACAGAAGCUGUGGUCAGUGGGGUGCCAAUCCUCGGCAUCCCCAUGUACGGAGACCAACCCAACAACGUGGCGGCUCUGGUAGACAAGGGAGUCGCGAUCCACAUAGACUACAACAACAUCACCGCCUCAUCCAUCAAAUGGGCUCUAGGGCAGCUGUUGACGGACACUGGCUACACCGAGAAUGCCAAGGCCCUCUCCCAGAGGUUCCAGGACCGUCCCAUGAGUCCGCUGGACACAGCUGUGUUCUGGACGGAGUACGUGAUACGUCACAAAGGAGCUCCUCACCUCCGCAGUGCAGCUGUGGAUCUCACCUGGUACCAGUACUACUUGCUGGACGUCACCGCCUUCUGUAUCAUCACAGUACUGGCUGUCUUAGCUGCCGCCUACUACGCCGUCAAGUCUUUCAUUAGAUGUAUAGGAUUUUCACAAUCUGUAAAAGUUAAAGCUGCUUAAUAUUAGUCGUUACUAGUAAUUGUUUUUUUGAAUUUGAGGAGCCGGAACCUAGAGGUGAUACCUCUUCUUUCUAUCCUCCACCAUUCCUUUUAACACGUUGUCUAUCAGCUGACAUACUACAAAAAUCUCGUCUGCUUGAGGGGCUUUGUGAGACCUGGUAGUGAAUGUGUUAAUUAUCUCGUCUCUAUAUAAAGUUGUGCUACAUUCCUACAAAACAGUACAACUAUUUAUAAAGCAUCAGCAUUUGUUGAUUAUUUCUUAGAAAUAGCAAAUACUGAUAAAAACACUUUUGAUGGAAAGUGAGAGAUAUAUAGAGGGUUAGGGACGCUAUUAUUUCCCCAGUUUGUCUGAAAUUGAACACACAGUACUAAAUACUUUUCAGUUCCCACUAGAUAAGCUAUUGGGUUUAGUUACCAUAUAAAUAAAAAAAGUAUAUGUUUUAAAUUUUAACCUGCAGAUUUCAUUUGUUUUAGUUUCUUUUUUAUGUGCCAGUUUUCAUAUAUAUGAAGGCAGUGUAUUUUAACAAAUAUAAUUAAUUGUACCUAAUAUUGGGUUUUUAGAUUUUAUACAAAACGAAUGAUUUUUAACAUCACAAAAGAUUGUUUUGUAUACUUUGUUACCCCCAUAGGAAUCCAUGUCCUUCGUGCAUGUAUUUAAUUUAAGUGAGAAAGAUCUUUCCAUCCAAUUUUAAUAAAAAAUUAGUUUUUU